AUGCCUACAAAUACAAGCCUCUCAACGCCAACAGCGGCAUUCACAGCUGUCAAUGAGAACUUUGAAUCAACUACCAUCAGCGUCUCAACUACGCACCUAGCUCAAAACAGGAAUUUGACGGAGAAACUACCGUACUGGCUCGUCAAUGUUCCCCCGUCGCAGUGGCCGGCAGAAUGUCCUGCGUUUCUGCGCGACUUGCCGGCCAAGUCCAUUGCCAUUCUGUCGACACCAGAUACGGAGUACAAGAGGCAGGAUUGGGAGACGGUAAAGGAGAUUGUUAGAAGUAACCGGAUAGAUUUGUUCCAGCGCGUUCCGAGCGAACUGAGAAGGUAUCUUGAAUUUAAAGCGCACAUUGUGGCCAAGUAUGGAUCGAUCAUGCGAUUCAUGGUCAAGAAAAGGCUCCGCUGGGGGGAUGGACAGGCGGAUGAUCUGAGGCCCAAGGGGCGGCCGUUCGAGUUCGAUGAGGACAUUCGGAUUUUGUAUAAUGACUGGCCAUAUGGGGUCGAGGAGGACAUUGUGCAUCUUGUGGUGUGGACCAAGUUCGAGCUGGAAGAUGAUCCUGCCACGGAUGAUUUGACGCCUCAAGCGAGGAAGGAGAUUGAUGAUUAUGUGACAAGGACGUUUCGGUUGCGGGUGCCGGCUGAACAGGUCAUUUGGUUCAAGAACUGGAAGUCGCUCAAGUCGGUCCAUGCAGUUGAACACUUUCAUGUCAUGCUCUAUCAACCGGAUAUGGAAUUCGUCAAGGAGGUUACUCAAGGGGAUGUGCCAAUGACGGCAAGGUUCUGA